GGACGAGUUGCGGAAUACUUUCAGGAACCACACGCAACGUGAUGCAUCAAAAUCCGUGUCCCCUUGAUGCACAGGAGAGAAGGGAAGUGGCUGAGAUUUCUGGUGCUGGAGAUGUGACACAAGUCCUUGAAAGACAAUGGCGUAUUCCUACCCCACUUCGACGUAUGCUUCAAGGGCUUUCUGGUCUUUGCACUUAUGUCAAGUCUCCUUUUGUCACAAAGCCUCCGGCGCAACCGCGGCGAAAAAUUGAUGUCAGGACAUUGAAUCAAUGCCCAGAAGGAUAUCCUCGUCUUGCAGCAUUCUUGGAUGCUGAUGAAAACUUUAUGCUUUAUCGACGAUUUGGAUUUCUCCAAGCUCGAGUUCUCCUCUACAAGCAGGAUGAGCUUCGAGAGCUUGAACGGGAACUUGACAGAAUUGAUUGUAUUGACCAGCACUCCAAUGACAAAAGUGUCUUGAAAUCGCGAGAAAAAGACGACAAAGUAACUAAUACAAGAAAGAACAUGAUAGGUAAAAUUGAGACCAAACUCAAAGAAUAUUCCGAGAUGCUCCUCAUUUCUCGAGAUCUAGUCGCACUGAACAGGCCACCCCACAGAGAUUACACAAGCGUCAAGAGUUAUUUUGAUGAAGAAGCCCCGCUAUGUGAUGUUGAGAGUUACAUAUAUAGCAGGGAGGAUAUUGUAGCUCUCAAGCCAGGGCGCGAGAGUGCAUGGCUUGAUUCAUUUAUUGAGGGAUUGCUACAAAGAUUCGCUUGCAGAUUGAUCCGAUGCAUCUUUCGAACUUCAGAUCUUCAGAAGAAAACCAACCCAGAGGAAACAAACAUCAUUCUGUAUAGUCGCGAUCGUAUAGGGAUUGUAGUAUCCUUGAUAAUACUAGUAACCAUCCUUGCCCUACUCAUUACUCCAGUGUAUCUUCUGUGGCACUUCACAUCGGGCCCAGAAACGGCAUCCACCACAGCAGUCAUGAUUACAAUAUUCGGCUGCUUUACGCUAUUAUUCUCAUUGACGCUGUCCAAGUUCACAAGCGCAAAGCGUCAAGAGAUUCUAGCAGCAGCUGCAGCGUACUGCGCCGUACUCGUUGUCUUUGUGGGCAAUGUCAAGCAGAACAGAACUUCCUAGCAAGCAUUAUGUGUCUUGGGAGAGGUUACAUCGCAAGAUGAAGUGCAAGUUGACACAUGUAAUCUUUUACUUCUAAUCUGGGUAUCGUUCGACAUUCAUAUAUGCAAGCUGCAGCAUGGAUUACGUAUGGAGGAUUACGGAAACAAGUUCAAGACUUGUAGCAUGAGGGAAAGCAUUGAGCAAAUUUCUUUUCUGAUAGCUGGUUCUGGUAAUUAUCGUAGAUGGAAGAAGUAAGGCGAAUGAACGAGCUUCUCAAAAUCUUCCGAGAAAAGGACCUAGUAUCCACUUCUAUCUCAGGAAGAGGAAAUGAAGAGUUGACAAAGUCACAACAUUUGAGCCUUUUCAUGUUGCUGAUAUUGCUGGUAGUUGAGAAUUCUAGAGAGAGUGUGGUG